GUAGAUAAGAAAUCUAAUGAAACUAAAUUGUUAUUCAGUGUUCGUAGUAUUUCAGACUUCAGUUAUUACUUAUUAAAUUGUUGUUGUACUCGCUUAAUAAUUGUUUAAUGUUAUUGGCUUACGAUUUAUUUAUUGACGUUUAUUCAUUUCAUACGUGUGAGUUUUUAAAUAAAUAAAAGUAUUACAAAACUAAACAUUGGGUUUCAGAAUGGCUCAACCUCAAAGUGGAAUGCCUCCUCCUGCAUACCUGAUGGAAAUGUUCCAGAAAUUAGAUAAAGACCAAAGUGGUUCCAUUACAGCUAACGAAUUACAAACUGCACUAUCCAAUGGCACAUGGACACCUUUCAACCCGGAGACGGUUCGUUUAAUGAUGAACAUGUUUGACAAGUCAAAUAAAGGCACUAUAACAUUUGAAGAUUUUGGUGCAUUAUGGAAAUAUAUUGUAGAUUGGCAAAAUUGCUUCCGUUCUUUUGAUAAAGAUAAUUCAGGAAAUAUAGACAAAAAUGAACUUCGAGCUGCAUUACAAACAUUUGGAUACAAUUUAAAUGAUGCUACUGUUACUACAAUGUUGCAAAAAUUUGAUAGAAUUGGAAAAGGGACUGUACUUUUUGAUGAUUUUAUACAAUGUUGCAUCAUGCUUAAUAAUCUAACUACAGCAUUCCGCCAAUUCGAUACCGAUCAAGAUGGAGUAGUCACAUUGCAUUAUGAACAAUUUGUUGGGCUAGUGUUUAGUAUUAAAUGAGUCAAAAUCAUUUAAUUUAAUUUAAUAUUUUAAUAUCUAUUCUGUCAUUUUUUUUUUUUUUUUUUUAAAUAAAUUUGCACCAAACUAAAAUGAUAUGAAAGAGGCUUUUUUUAUUUUUAUAAGUUAUAUAUAAUACAAUUUAUAUUAAACUGUGUUUACUAUUAAAAUUAAUUAGUAAACAAUUCCAUAAAUGUUGUGAUAUUAAAAAUGAACUUAUUUAAACAAUAAAAAGAUAAAAUUAUAAUAAA